AUCUGGAUAAUCAUCUAACAAAGCCUUACUUAGAAGUAACAAAGUUACAAAACCUCCCAUAGUCCCAUUUCUCUCUCUCAUGGAGCUUCUCAUUUUACUCUAUGCUCUCCCUAUCUUCUAUUUCUUGUUCAUGAUAGGGAAGCGGGCUUAUGCAAGAGGAGACCAAGAAUGUUACAUUCUUGACUACCAGUGCUAUAAGCCCACCAUUGACAGAAUAAUAGACACUGAAUUCUGUUAUGAGAUCAUCAAGAGGACCAAGGAACUUGGUCUCCCAGAGUUGAAGUUCCUCCUACAAGCCACUGUGAGCUCCGGCAUUGGUGAGAAAACCUAUGCACCAAAAAUCGUGUUUGAGGGCAGGGAACAGAAUCCCACUGUUCUUGAUGGCGUCUUAGAGAUGGAAGAGUUUUUCCAUGACAGUGUUGCAAAGCUCUUCGCUAAGACAGGCAUUCAACCCUCAGAAAUUGAUGUGCUUCUGGUUAACGUGUCCAUGCUCACCACGGUUCCUUCUUUAGCCGCUAGGCUUAUCAACCAUUACAAAAUGAGAGAUGACAUCAAAGUCUAUAAUCUCACUGGGAUGGGCUGCAGUGCUAGCCUUAUCUCAGUUGAUGUAGUCAGAAACAUCUUUAAAUCCAACAAGAACUUGAAUGCUCUUGUUGUCACUACCGAGUCUAUGGCUCCAAAUUGGUAUGCAGGUACUGAUAGAUCAAUGUUGCUUGCCAAUUGUUUGUUCCGGAUCGGUGGGUGUGCUAUCCUUUUGACUAACAAAAGGGCCUUAAAACACAAAGCCAUGUUCAAAUUAAAUUGUCUACUUAGGACACACCAUGGGGCUAGAGACGAGUCAUAUAAUUGUUGCAUUCAAAAAGAAGAUGAGCAAGGGAGGUUAGGUUUUCACCUAGGCAAGAAUCUCCCUAAAGUUGGUACAGUAGCUUUAGUUGAUCAUCUGAAAGAGCUAGCACCUAAGAUUUUACCAAAGAGUGAGUUACUUAGGUUUAUGGUCAUGUUCCUUGUCCAAAAAAUGAGUAAAACCUCUAGUGUAGCUGGUGGGAAAACAAAACCUGUAAUCAACUUUAAGACUGGUGUUGAUCAUUUUUGCCUCCAUGCGGGUGGAAGGGCUGUCAUAGAUGGGGUCAAAUUGAGCUUGGGUCUUAAUGAAUAUGAUAUAGAGCCUUCAAGGAUGACCAUGCACCGUUUUGGUAACACUUCAGCUUCUAGUCUUUGGUAUGUUCUUGGGUACAUGGAAGCCAAGAAAAGGCUCAAAAAGGGUGAUAAAGUGUGGAUGAUAAGCUUGGGUGCUGGCUUUGAAUGCAACAGUGGUUUGUGGGAGGUGGUGAGGAAUUUGGAUUUGGAUGAUGCAAAUCCAUGGAAGGACUGCAUUGAAGGGUACCCACCUGUGACCUUGGUCAACCCUUUCAUGGAGAAGUUCGGUUGGAUCAACCAGGAGGACCCAGCCACUUUCAUACGCCCAGAGUAAAACAGGACUAUUCCAGCUAGGCCCUAGCAGAUAUAUUGAUAUAGCACAUUACCAUGAAGCUACACGUGCUGAUAGGAUAGCUAUCUUUGGAAACUAAUAAACAGGAGUUUGUCAUUGGACAUGCUCUCCAUUUAUGUAUUUCGUAUAUUUAUGAAAAGUCCAGGAUCUACAAACCUUGGACUAACAUAAACAUGUAUUUUCAAUUAUUUUUCUUUUAUAUUUAAAAGAUUAUAUGUACUAGAUGUCUGAAAAAAAUGUCUCAGAUAUGAUAUUAAGCUUUUAUUUAUCUA